GGAUGCCCUUACCUUCGCGUCUACGGGUCAGUUCGGAGAUUCCUAAUGUCUCGCUCAGAAUAUGGCUCCCAGUACCCAAGGAAUGUGAAGAUGUUGCGGACCUCAAGACCGUUUUGUACGAACGGGUCCAGGAGUUAAAAGCCGGAGGAUUGACCAUGGACGCCUUCGAACUCGUGCUUGACGAGUUCAAGCUCUUGGAGGACAGUCCUCUUGACAUACUUAGGGACGGCGACCUAAUAUGUCUACGAUCGAAGACGCGUUCGCUCAAGCGGAAGGCGAACGAACAGGAUACAGAACCUGUGCGCAAGAGACCGAAGACGGCUACCGCUCACAACGCGCCUCCCGUCACGAAACUUGCGAGCACGCCCGCCCUCAAACGCGUUCACCAAAGCAGCUCUUCCUCUUCGUCAGAGUCCGAUUCGAGCUCUGACCCAUCGCCCGACUCGGACGGCAAGGACUCCGAUUCUGACGAUUCCGACUCUGAUUCUGAGCCCGAGAGCGACAGCAGCUCGAGCUCGGCAAGCUCGUCUUCGUCUGCACCGACCGUCUCCCCCUCCAAGCCCAAGCAGGCUCCAAAAACACGACCAACGCAUUCCGUCACAGCUACAAUCAAACCACAUCAUACAACUCCUAACCCCCUGGUCCAACCUCCCGCCCUGCGCCGACUACAAUACAGCGUCCCGCCCGGCCAAGGCAGUACCGCGACGCAGAACCGGAACGCGCGUAGGCGCAAAAAGCGGCAGUACGACCGCGAAGCGCAGCGUGCCUCCUCCUCUAUGGCCCCCUUGCCGAGCCUGGCGUCCACCGCUCUACCUCUCAGCGCAAGCAGCACUCCCGCUCCACUACCUACUGAACCCGUCGCGGGCCCGUCUUCGGCGCCGCAGCGAGCACCCGUGAAACCUCUCACCGGCGCGGGGCCGUUCAUGAUGUCGUCUCUGAGCAACAAAAACAAGAGGAAGGGGUUCAAGCAAGCGGCGAUUUCUGCGCCCGCCAAAAUCGUGUUUGGGGCCACGUCCGAAGGGCGCAGCGAUGGUGUGGAAGGGAAGAACGCAUCCACGUCUGCGUCCGCGAGCGCGCCUGCACAGAGCUCUGCGGCUGCGUCGUCGAACGCGCAGACCCAUGCUUUGCCGCGACUUGUCCCGCCGUCUGAACUCCAAGCGAUGGGACAGGUGCCGCCUAACGUGUUUGUGACGAGCGUCGACGUCGAGGCGGACGUGAACCACGGCAAGAGGGGCAAGGGCAAGAAGAAGGCACGGGACCGGCUAGUGCAGCCUCACUGGCGAGAAGAACAGCAUGAGGAGGAAGAGGAACGGGACGUGCAGGCGAUCACGCUGGACUACGGCGUUGAGGAAGGGGAAGAGGGAGGUGGCGCUGGAGACAUCGACUGGAGCCGCGUGGAGUCUGGCUGGGAGACGUUUGCGCAGGCGCUGGACCAGAAGUUGCUGGCCGUCGGACAGCUCGUCGGGUGGAUGGCGCUCGCGCUCGACCCGCGGACGUUCACGCCCGAGAACUUGGUACAUCUGGGCCGCGUCGUGUCCAACGAGGAGGCUACGGGUGAGGUAGUGGUGAGACAGGUCUUGAGGCCGGAGGAAGUGGAGGAGGGGGCAGAUGCGGAGGGCGAGGAACUAUGGGUGGAGUGGAGGAAGUGUAUCGAGGAGGGCUGGAGGAUUGUGACGCUGUAA